AUGUCAGAGCUUGCUUGGUGUGUGUCGAGUGUCCGUCGAGGCCGUUCGACUCUGAUGGAGCAGCAUGUUGUGAUUCUGCAUGCAGCGCUCUGCUGGGGCCCCGGGGCCUCACGUCUCUUUGAACUCCCACACCGGCUCCAGGAUGUCCUCUGUGUAACGUGUCCCCUGUCCUCCUCCUGUGUGUCCUCCUCAGCUCAGAGUGUGAUAUCGGAGGAGAAGGGUCAGUGUCACCGGGUCCUGGGUCCGGGCCAGGGGCCGUCCUCCUGCUCCCUGCCCAUCCUCAGGAACAUCACCAAGCAGAUCUGCUGCUGCAGCCGCGUCGGCAAAGCCUGGGGCCCCGACUGCCAGAGGUGUCCCUACUUCGGUUCAGUGGCCUUUAAAGAGAUCUGUCCGGCCGGUCCUGGUUACCAUUACUCCGCCUCGGCCCUGCAGUUCAACCAGAGAGUCAACGAGCAGCUGGGGAGCCGAGGAGCCUCGCUGGUAACCCACGGCAACCAGGAUAACCAGGGUGCCGGAUCCAGCGCUGGUUCAGCUGGUACCAGCAGAACCCAGAUCAGACCCAGUCUGCCUCAGCCUCAACCUCAACCCAGACCUCAACCUCAACCCCGACCUCAGCCUCAACCCCGACCUCAGCCUCAACCCCGACCUCAACCUCAACCCCGACCUCAGCCUCAACCUCAACCUCAACCCCGACCUCAGCCUCAGCCUCGCCCGGCCGACCUUCCCUCCUCCUCCAGGCCGCUGCAGCCCGACGGCACCGACACCGCGGCCACCCAGCCCGAACCCCGGACUCCAGGCAGACCCUGGAUCCUGCAGCCACAGCUUCCACCCACCGCGAGUCAAG